CCAUUUUAAGAUAGUUUACUGGGUGAGCUAACAUUAGCGCUACCCUAGUACAGCGGUAACAGGAAAAUCCGUUUGGGUCCAGACGGUUUACCUGUUCCGUUCUAACACGGGCGGAACUGAUCAUCUGUCGCUGACAAAAGGACGGCACUGAUUUGAGAGUGUGAACACUCGGCCAACUGAGUGACUCGCGAGGGGAAGAUGGCCACCCAAGCUGAUCUGAUGGAGCUGGACAUGGCGAUGGAGCCUGACGCCAAGGUUGCCGUGAGCCAGUGGCAGCAGCAGUCCUACCUGGACUCGGGCAUCCACUCCGGGGCCACCACCACCGCGCCCUCCCUCAGCGGCAAGCCCAACCCAGAGGACGACCUGGACCCACAGCUCUACGAGUGGGAGAUGGGCUUCAACCAGCCCUACACCCCUGAACAGGUCUCAGAUAUGGAUGGGCAGUAUGCCAUGACGCGUGCCCAGCGUGUGCGUGCGGCCAUGUUCCCUGAGACUCUGGAGGAGGGCCUGCAGAUCCCGUCGGCCCAGUUCGACUCUGCCCACCCCACCAACGUGCAGCAGCUGGCCGAGCCGUCCCAGAUGCUCAAGCACGCCGUGGUCAACCUCAUCAACUACCAGGACGACGCUGAACUGGCCACCAGAGCCAUCCCCGAGCUCACCAAAUUACUCAACGAUGAGGACCAGGUGGUGGUGAACAAAGCGGCGGUGAUGGUGCACCAGCUCUCCAAGAAGGAGGCGUCGCGGCACGCCAUCAUGCGCUCGCCCCAGAUGGUGUCGGCCGUGGUGCGCACCAUGCAGAACACCAGCGACGUGGAGACGGCCCGCUGCACCGCCGGCACGCUGCACAACCUCUCGCACCACCGCGAGGGCCUGCUCGCCAUCUUCAAGUCCGGGGGCAUCCCCGCCCUCGUCAAGAUGCUGGGGUCUCCCGUGGACUCAGUGCUCUUCUACGCCAUCACCACGCUGCACAACCUGCUGCUGCACCAGGAGGGGGCCAAGAUGGCCGUGCGUCUGGCCGGCGGCCUGCAGAAGAUGGUGGCCCUGCUCAGCAAGACCAACGUCAAGUUCCUCGCCAUCACCACCGACUGCCUGCAGAUUCUGGCCUACGGCAACCAGGAGAGCAAGCUGAUCAUCCUGGCCAGUGGCGGCCCACAGGCCCUGGUGAACAUCAUGCGGACCUACACCUACGAGAAGCUCCUGUGGACCACCAGUCGUGUGCUCAAAGUGCUCUCCGUCUGCUCCAGCAACAAACCCGCCAUCGUGGAGGCAGGAGGUAUGCAGGCCCUGGGCCUCCAUCUCACUGAUCCAAGCCAGCGUCUGGUGCAGAACUGCCUUUGGACCCUCAGAAAUCUCUCUGACGCCGCCACCAAACAGGAGGGCAUGGAGGGGCUUCUGGGAACUCUCGUGCAGCUGCUUGGCUCUGAUGACAUCAACGUGGUGACGUGCGCCGCUGGCAUCCUGUCCAACCUCACCUGCAACAACUACAAGAACAAGAUGAUGGUCUGCCAGGUCGGCGGUAUCGAGGCGCUGGUGAGGACUGUCCUGCGCGCCGGAGAUCGUGAGGACAUCACAGAGCCCGCCGUGUGCGCGCUUCGUCAUCUCACUUCCCGUCACCAGGAUGCCGAGAUGGCCCAGAAUGCCGUGCGGUUGCACUACGGCCUGCCCGUGGUGGUCAAACUCCUUCACCCACCUUCACACUGGCCACUAAUCAAGGCCACGGUGGGUUUGAUCCGUAACCUGGCGCUGUGCCCGGCCAACCAUGCCCCGCUGCGUGAGCAGGGAGCCAUUCCGCGCCUGGUGCAGCUGCUGGUCAGGGCACACCAGGACACCCAGAGGCGCACCUCCAUGGGCGGCACCCAGCAGCAGUUUGUGGAGGGUGUGCGUAUGGAGGAGAUUGUCGAAGGCUGCACCGGAGCUCUGCACAUUCUGGCCAGGGAUGUACACAACAGAAUAGUCAUCAGAGGACUCAACACCAUUCCACUCUUCGUACAGCUGCUGUACUCCCCCAUUGAGAACAUCCAGCGCGUGGCAGCCGGUGUGCUGUGCGAGCUGGCUCAGGACAAGGAGGCGGCCGAGGCCAUCGAGGCCGAGGGAGCCACCGCACCCCUCACAGAGCUGCUGCACUCCCGGAACGAGGGCGUCGCCACCUAUGCGGCUGCUGUGCUGUUCCGCAUGUCCGAGGAUAAGCCCCAGGACUACAAGAAGCGCCUCUCUGUGGAGCUCACUAGCUCCCUCUUCAGGACGGAGCCCAUGACCUGGAACGAGACUAGUGACAUGGCUCUGGAGAUGGGUGCCCAGGGAGAUCCCCUGGCCUACAGACCAGAUGACCCCAGUUUCCGUGGCUACGCAGGCUACGGCCAGGACGGCCUGGGCAUGGACGCCAUGCUGGAGCAUGAGAUGGGCGGCCCCCACUCGGGCGACUACCCCGUAGACGGCCUGCCUGACCUCAGCCACAACCCCGAGCUCAUGGACGGCCUGCCGCCCCCAGACUCCAACCAGCUGGCGUGGUUCGACACGGACCUUUAGACGCCUACUGGACAGGGGUCACUCAGCUGGAUAAUCCGAGUGAGUCUGCGAUGUGCUUUGAUGAGUUUGUUGUUCCGUAUAGUCGAUGAUGGUUAGAUGAGGGGAGGAUGGUGGAUCAGAAAGUGCCUGACACAUAUUGUACUCGACGCGUCCAGGGGACGGUUGCUACUGGACAAACCAGAAGAAGAAGAAUACUAUCGCUUUUUGUCCUGGCAAAGAAAGAAGUGGGAAGAAGGGAUUUUUGGAGCGGUUACCAAAUGGAUGAGUGCCAACAGAUGGAUUUAAAAGAUGGAUUUAUAAACAUUUUAAUCUUGCCUGAUCUUUAUUAUUAUUUUUAUGUUUUACAUUUCUUUUCCUUUCUUUUUUAACACCUUUUUGAUGACAAACCCAUGAUGACUCUCCUAGUCUACCCUUUUACUCCAUACUUCAUUUCAAGUAUAUUUUUUGUAUUUCUUUUAUUUUGUUUCUCUUGUUUCUCUUCCAAUCAAGUUAUCUGACUACUUGCUUUUUCUUACUCUAUCACGUAACAGUAUAGAACACUAACAUCAGUUUCCUGUAUGCUGACUUUAAAAUGUGUAAUUACGUGUAGCUUUUUAUAAACAUGCAAUAAGUGUAGAGAAUGUUGAAGUCAUUCUGCUUAUUACUAUUGGAUUCAGUUAGAGGCAGGCAAGUCUCACGUCACCAUUAAGUCUAUGGGGCUUUGGGUUAGGAGGGGUAGGUACAUUUAUGGGUAUAGAAGGGGAAAGCUAUUCUUUUAUAUUCAAUGAGGUAGACUAUCUACUGAUGCAACGUUGUUGUAGCCUGUUCAACGUUACCGUGUCAACAGUGGUUCCAGUGACACGGCGUAACAAUAAAAAACAUACUUUUAUUCCAGAUUUCA